UAAUAGAUGUAUUGUCAUAUAUAUAUAUAGAUUUACAUGAUUUUUAUAAAAACGUCCAGCUGACAUUUGACAAUCGAUAGUAAUAAUCAUAAGUAGAGUUACCGAGAGUAGAGUAGCGGGUAUAUUUAAUUAACCAAGUCUUCCUUAGUUAAAAAUAACAUCCACAUGAUAUAGCAUACAUCAGUUUAUUAUUGAAAUGUCAGUAAUACAGAGAAACGUCGUCAAGAGAGAAACUGAUCAUCACACCCACUAUUACGUGCAUACACUCGACGUCUAGGUUAUAUUUUGACAGCACAUUUAAGUAUGCUAUUAUUUAUCUGACUAUUUAUUUACCUAUGGUCCAUUUUAUCCACUGGCCUGAUGACAAUAAUAAUAAUAAUAAUAAAUAACUCAUAAAAAAACCGCUGAUACCAGAUAAAUGAAGAAAUGGAUAUAAUAGAUAUCGAAAGUAUUGAAUCAAGUACAAGACCAAUUAAAAAUUCAUCAGUUAAAUGCAACUGUGUAAGUUCAAAUUCUGUAUGUUACAUUGUAGUAACAAUCGCAACUUUAGCGUUUCUGGGUGCCAUCGUCUUUAUAUGCAAAGAUUACAUUGAAAGAUUAUUGUACUGGAUAGAGCACAAAGAUAUAUGGGUGAUAAGCAUUAUUGUAAUAUCACUAUUUACAGUGGUAUCAUUUCCUAUAGUAGUCGGUUAUUUAUUUUUGAUAAUUGCAAGCGGUUAUUUAUUCGGUAUUGUCCGAGGUAUUGCGCUGGUUGUGUUAGGAGCUAAUUUAGGUAUUGCUAUUGCACAUACAACACUCAGUGCAUUAUCAACAAAAUUACCUAUCGGUGCAUUGUUGAGAAGUGAAACUGCACGAGCGAUAUUGAGAGUCAUAUCUGGACCCCAAGCAUUCAGAGUUGUGCUCUUCGCUAGACUUACUCCCAUUCCAUUUGGUCUACAGAACACCAUUUUUGCUGUGAGCAACAUCAGUGGUCUCAGGUAUCACAUCGCAAGUGCUAUUGGUUUGUUGCCGGCGCAAUUGAUUAAUGUUUACCUUGGAAGCAGCUUGCGAUCAAUGCAAGAUGUGCUGCAAGACAAGUCAACUGCUGCUACGGGCUACAUUGUAUUUUGUUUUCAAAUAAUUAUUGGAGUAUCACUGAUGGUCUAUGUAGUGCAGAAAGCGCGCCGAGAACUUCACCUUGCGCUUCUGGAAGCUGAUUUAGCGGCAAUGUCUGAUAACUCACAUUAUCUACAUGACGCAAUACCUGAUUCCAAAGGAUCGCUAUCGUCACUGAUGGCGUAAUCAAUUGAUUAUUGUCAGACAAGUAUGUAAUUGUAAUUAUUAAUGAGAUAUCAGCGAAAGCAAAUAUUGUUAGAGAUUUUCGUGAUAAGAUAAGACUUGAUAUUGCGAGGAAUUUAAAUCAUGACCUAAUUUUAGUUUUUUGUUCAAACGCAUUAACGUAAAAAUCAUAUAUGUAUUUAUGAUCCUGAUAUUAAAAGACCAUUAACAAAUUUCGGAUUUGUUUUUCAACCGAACAAUUACUAAAAAAAAAAAAAGAAAAAAAAUAAGCACAUGUAGAAAAUUUAAAAAACGAUAAGUGAAUUUUUUUUAUCAUUUAUCGUUUUAAAAAGAACACAAAAAUUAUUAAACCUCAGCUUACUUCAGUAUCAUAUAUAUUUAUAUAUUUUACUAGCGUAUAUGCACUUACCGGUGUGCCAAAAUUAUUUAACUAAACUUUUUUUAUUUCGACUACUGAUUUAUUUUUUUAUAAAACCAGUACUGGAUUAUUAAUCUUCCAUUAUACAGUUGUUAUUAAUUUUUUAAAAUUAAUACUUUCAUUUAAAUGUAUCGGGUUUGCAUUUAAAAUUAAAUUGUAUUUUCAUUACUCAGCAUAAUGCAAUUAUUAAUUUUUAACGGUGAUGAGUAGGGACAAGAUUUUUGCCUUAACUUCGAAAUGGAUGGUGUCAAAUUUUGGAAUUACAGUGGAAAUAUUAGCCGUAUAAAAAAAUUUUUCAAAUAAAAGUUGUAGGAAAUUUUAUUUUCCAGAGAAAACGUUUCUUAUGAUUGUUUAAAACGACCAAUAUUUUCACUGUACUUACAAAAUUCAGACUCAUAAUGAAUUAUUCUAAUUUUUGUUAAUUAUGAAAAUCUUAAUUUUAAAAUUACGGUGAAAAUAUUGGUCGUAUAAAAAAAUCAUAAGAGACAUUUUCUCUAGAAAAUAAAAUUUCCUACAACUUUUAUUUAAAAAAAUUUUUUAUACGGCUAAUAUUUCCACUGUAAUUCCAAAAUUUGACACCAUUAAUUAUUAAUUGUUAUUUUUAAAUACAAGCAAAAAUCCUGGUCCUGGUGAUGAGAUAUUAGUUUUUAAUGAUAAUUAAAUUAAUUAAUAAUUACUAUUAAGUGUAAAAAGUAAAUUAAAACAAUUAAAUGUGCACGGUCUUGUGAUUCACAGCGUGUCAUUUAAUUAAUUGUGUUGAUAAAAAAAAAUAUUAAAAUAUCCGAGUAUUUUAAAUAUUAAUAAUUUUAAUCAGUACAUAAAUCAAUCGAUAUUUGAUUAUUAACUCCACUAAAGUCCUCAAUUGUUAAUUUAUUAUAACGAUAUUAAUAAAAUAAAUAAAAUAAUUUUAUAUGUAAACACUUUUACACAAUAGUUAAUAUAUAUUGUGAUUAACUAAAUAAUAAAUUAAAUUUAUUGAGGGUAAUUUUGAUCUGCACGAGUCUUCCCCGUGUCAAUUCAUAAAUAAUUUAAUGUUUGUUAUUAAAAUUAAUUUAAUUAUUCAAAUUUAUGAAUAAACAGAGCCUAUGUAAAGUAUCACAUGAUAAAUAUAAACACUCGUAUUAAUUCAAAUUGACAUACUCAAUUAUUUAAAUCGCAUUGAUAAAAAUAAUCAUCAUAAAAAAAGAAAAAAAAUUUCUCAUUAAUUAUUAUUUAAAUCAAAUCGUAUCGUACGAAUCGAUUCUUAAUGUUUGUAAAGUGAUGGUUUGUACAAAUGUAAAAAAGUAUAUAAAAAUAUAUAUUAUAUAUGUAUAUGUAUAAUAAAAUAAAAUUAAAAAAUUA